UGUUUGUGAGGUGUUUAGCCUUUAAAUUUGAUCCACUAGCGCUCGAAUGGCAAGAAGAGGAAAUACCCUUCCUGCUAACCCGGAAGUAUAAUCUCGAGUCUGCGUGUUGCAGUUGGAACAUCACCCUGCAUCCGGUUUGGAGAGCAAUCCCACACGGUACUGGCCCUGGUGGUUAUGUUCCGGGCGCGGGUAUUGUACAAGUAUGUGUCACUGCUACAGCAAACAAUGGGCACGCCAGGGCAAUAGGACAGGCGCAGUUCUGCUGGUGGUAGAUGAUAUGACCUUGGCACUUAACUACAGAGUGUGAGAGGGAGCGCUCAAUAGUUUUACAGUGAGACUCCGCGUGCUGCAGUCCUCCGUCGAAUAUCACCAGCUGUGACGCAAGAUGGCGCAGCAGUCUGGACUCGAUCACGUCGACGGUUCGCGUCCACAGCGCUCCGCGGUCAUAGGAAUCAUUCUGUUACUCCUGGUUGCUGCUGGAUCCAUGUGCAUGGGGCAGGACGCGGGAGUCGGUUCGUCUGCAGGCCAGCAGCAACAACCCCGCCUGGUGUGGACCGAGCUCCGGAUAGUGGACCGCCGGGCCCGCAUCCAAAGCCUGCCCGCCGAUCCGGACGAAUACAUCACCAGCUCGGUGAUUGCCUCCAAGUACUACUACGAGCUCACCCCCGCGCACUGGAUCGCGAUCGCCAGCGAUUACGACGACGGGGUUGCCUUCUGGAGUGACGCCAACCACAAGCGAAUCAUGAAAGGGGGCCUUCGAGAAAACGCCACGGCCUCGGGAAUAUUCGAGGGCACGUCGUCCACGGUUGACGGCAUCGCAGUUGAUUGGCUGGCCAACAACGUGUACUGGACUGACGCGGCCUACAAUUGGAUAGUGGUUGUGGACUACAACAUGACGUGGUUCCACAUAGUCGUGGACGAUGGACUUGAAAAGCCACGGGGAGUCGCCGUGCAUCCACAGCUAGGUUAUUUGUUCUGGACCGACUGGGGUACCAGACAGACCAUAGAGCGCUCAACUCUGAGCGGAGAAAAUCGGACGGUACUGGCAGACACGGGACUUUACUUCCCCAAUGGAAUUACCAUCGACUAUGCAGAAGACAAGCUGUACUGGACUGACGCUGACCCGUCCGGCAGCCGCUUGGAGUCAUCCAACCUGGACGGCUCCAAUCGCACCACCCUGUACUCUCAUCCACCCGACCAGGGCCAUUUCUUUGACGUUACCGUCUUCCAGAAUUAUAUCUUCAUCAGUGACUGGUACAAUGGAAUUCGCUGCAUACGUAAAGCCACUGGGGACCACUACUUUGCUUUGAAUAUCGGCGGGCGACCAUUUGGAGUGACUGUCCAUGGACCAGGUGUACUGCCAGGAACCUCAUCUCCCUGCGAUUCCAAUCCAUGCCAACAGCUGUGCGUCAGUGAUCCUGCGGGAUUCAAGUGCCUCUGCGUGGAAGGCUACGUGCUGAUGCCGGACGAGAGGUCCUGCUCGCUAGAAAAUGCCACCACCUCCUUGGCGAAACCCCAGAUACUGCUGGCUGCGCAGAACAGCAUCUGCUACUUCCCCAGCAACUUCCCUGACCUGAGCCUGCCCCGGAGCUACCAGCGCAGCUGCAUCCUGGCCAACCGCACCCACAUGGUGGCGCUGGGCCUGGACGUGCGCCGCAAGACCCUGUUCUUCUCGGACUUUGUCAACAAGACUAUUCAGAGCGUGCGGCUGGUCGACGGGGCCUCGGUGGAGCUGGUCAUCGGCGGAGUCGGCAGCGCGGAAGGCAUUGCUGUUGAUUGGCUGAGCCAGAACUUGUACUGGACAGACUCCGUGUUGGACCACAUAUCAGUCUCUCGCUACGACGGCAGCAACAGACGCAUCCUUGUGAAGGACAACGUGCUGAAAGCAAGGAGCAUUGCCAUCCAUGCGGGACGGAGGCUGAUGUUCUGGACUGAGUUUGGACCACCAGGCCAAAUCGAACGAGCCAGCCUGGACGGCAGUGACCGUCGUGUCAUUUUGGAGAACUUCAACGGACUCAACGGCCUGUCCAUUGAUUUUGAUGAGGACCGGAUCUACUACGCUGAUCGCGUGAGUGGUUCCAUCCAGCAUAUGGACUUUGAAGGGAACGGAAGAACGCGCCUGUACGCCCGUGACCAUGCCCAGUUCUUUGACAUUGACCUACACAAGGACUACCUCCUGUGGACAGAGUGGAACACCUUCAACGGCCUGCAUGCCAUCAACACGGAGAACCGUCGCAUUGUCCAAAGCCACAGCGUCAGCAACGAGACCGUGUAUGGCGUGCGAGUCUACUCCGAUGACCGGCAGCCAGACUCUGACAGUGUGUGUGAAGACAACGGUGGUUGCCAGCACCUCUGCCUACCGAUAUCAACAGGCGGUAUGCGUUGCGAAUGUAGUACCGGGUACCGGCUACACACUGAUAACCGUGCCUGCGUUCCUGCCUUGGACAUUCUGUACGACAAUUUCCUAUUCGCCUCUGACACCUACCUGCACAGCAUCUUCCAGUUUAACGUAUCGGACCCAAACCUGCCAUACACAGCCCUUCAACUGGACACCAGGACCAUCGAAAACCCGGUGGCUCUGGCCUUCGACCCGGUCACAGCACAGGUGUACUGGUCAGACGUUGUGCAGAACACCAUACGCAGAGCCUACAUCUCCAACGGCUCCCAAGAGAUUUUGUUCACGCAUGAACACGUGGAAACACCCGAUGGCAUGACAAUCGACGCCACCUCUCGCCUCCUCUUCUGGACCGACAUGGGGCUACCCAGCAUCCAGGUGGCCCACCUGGACGGCAGCAAUCGCAAGAUCCUGGUCCGGACAGACAUAGAGCACCCACGGGCGAUCCUGGCAGACCCCGGCAACGGGCUCUUGUAUUGGUCCGACUGGGGCAGAGUAGCCAAGAUUGAGAGGGCAUGGAUGGAUGGCACCAACAGGAUGGUGCUAGCGAACACCUCGCUUGGCUGGCCGAACGGACUGGUUCUUGACUUCCAAGCUAAUAAGCUGUAUUGGUGUGACGCCCAGACAGACAAGAUCGAAGUUCUGGAUCUAGCCACGAUGGCCCGGAGAAUCCUCGUGGACCUGGGCCCCUCCGCUCACCCCUUCAGCAUUGCCCUCUACGGCCCCCACAUCUACUGGUCCGACUGGGCCAGUAAGGCCCUGAUGAGGGCCGACAAGGCCACAGGCGCCAACAACGGCACAGCGGGACCAGCCGACUUUGCCCGGCUGAACGGGCUGUUUGCGUACAGCCGGCAGGACUACUCAUCAUUUUCCAAUGCGUGCAUCGAUGGCUUAGCCAAUGGUGGGUGUUCCAGUCUGUGUUUGCCGACUCCCAACGGCCGAACCUGUGCUUGUCGUGAUGGGAGCACCCUGGCCCAGGAUGGAAUAUCCUGCUCUGGAAUCAUCCAGUGCCGGGCCACGUUCCCACACGGCCGAGUGCAGGCCGACUGCCAGCGCCUCCCCGGCUCCACCUGCAACGUGGAAUGCGACACGGGGUACCAGCCGAGUGACAGCCGCAUCAGCUGUGGCCCAAAUGGAUUCUGGGACGUGGCCACCGAUUCCGUGUGCGAGCAGGUGCAAUGCCCCAACCUGGAAGUGCCCCAGCAGGUGACCGUGGUGGCCUGCCUGGCACCCCACGUUCAUGGUAACCUCUGCCGGUUCCGCUGCCAGGCAGGCUACAGGCGAGUCGGCGGUGAUGAGGAACUGACCUGUGGGGUGGACGGCCAUUGGUCUGGCACCGUACCCACCUGUCAAGCUGUCACCUGCCCAGCACUCCAGACCCUCCCCGGUGCCAUCUUCAUGCCAGGGACAUGCCCUGAACUUGCCUCCCCCUACAACACCACCUGCCACGUCCUCUGUCGCCAAGGCUACCUCUUGAACGGCGUCGCGUCCCACACGUGCCAGGCCAACGGGGAGUGGACGGAUGCCAACCGACAGUCCAGCUGCGUUGACGUUUCUCCGCCCGACUUCGGCACCUCCUGCCCUGCCAGCUUCAACCUGACCGCUCCGUCCGGCUAUGAGGCGGUCAACGCCACCUGGCCCGAGCCGCAGCCCCGGGACAACUCGGGCCAGGCGCCCACGCUCAGCACCAAUGUCCGCCAGCCCCUGCUGCUGACCGAAGGCCGGCACUCGGUCACGUACCACGCCAGUGACGGGGCCGGCAAUGCCGCCAUCUGCACCUUCAUGAUCGAGGUCACAGUCCUGAGGUGUGCCUAUCUGGGACACCCAAUCAACGGCUACUUUGAGAGCUGCACCCAUCACCUGGGCUCCGUCUGCGUCACCCAGUGCAACGAGGGUUUCGCCUUGCACGGCUCCCGUCAGCGAGUUUGCUUGCGAGAGGACGACGGCAGUAUGGUGUGGACAGGCGACCCGGCCAGCUGUCGGUUGAUUGAAUGUGAUGAGCCGGACACCCUGCCCAACGUCCUCAGAGAAUGUACCCCGCCGUAUCACUUCAUGGUCCAAUGCAGAUUCUCCUGCGAAGUGGGCUACGAGCGCAUCCGUGGGUCGGAGCAGCGGAUAUGCAUGGACAGUGCUCAGUGGUCGGGUAGUGACCUGCAGUGUCAACGAACGACGUGCCCACCAUUAGUACCGCCAGAGCAUGCCGACAUCACCUGUCAGUCUCAAGAGAACUUCUUUGGCGAUACCUGCACCUUUUCCUGUGACGACGGGUACCAGCUGGUCGGCAUCGCCACCCACCGGUGCCUGGCAAACGGCGAGUGGAGUGACAAUGACGACGGACCCUUCUGCCAAGAUAUUGCGGCCCCGCAUUUCAAUGGCACCUGCCCGCAAGAUUUCAGUCUGUUGGCCCCCCGGGGAAAGGCAGAGGCCAUUGUCAGGUGGACCCAGCCUGUCGUCAUGGACAACGCUGGCAACCAACUCAACAUCACGUCGUCACGGCAGCCGGGCGUCACUCUCCCCGAGGGCCUGCACGCCAUCGUCAUUCAGGCCUCCGACCAGGCAGGGAACCAAGGAACUUGCCGCUUUGUGGUUAACAUAACAGUGGUGCGCUGCCCGUUGCACCCGUUCCCGCCAUUCGCCGACUAUCUCGGGCAGCGGUGCAACAACUAUUACGGGGCCCAGUGCAACUUCAGCUGUCUGGUUGGCUACCAGCUCUCGGGCUCCCCAUCCCGGACGUGCGAGUGGAGCCAGCGGGCAGGGAACCCGGCAAGCUGGACCGGGGAGCAGCCAGUCUGCGAAGCUGUGAUGUGCCAGAUGUUUGAUUUCCCCGAGGAUGAUAUGUACGUGGUCGGUUGCGAUGCCAAGGCGCAGUCCCUUCCCUACGGGUCACGGUGCCAGACGGUGUGCACAGAAGGCAAACAGCCGGUCCCCGGCAGCGGCAAUGGGCAGAGGCGGUGCACGGAACAGGGGACGUGGACCGGUGAAAACAUCCAGUGCGAGGAUGUGCGCUGUCCAGUGCUGACGCCCCCUCCCUUUGGCAUCAUCGCCCCAGAGAGCUGCACCAGCGGGCUCUCACAGUUCCGGACCAUGUGCCGAUACUCCUGCAUGCCAGGCUUUUCCCUGAUCGGCGUCUCGGCCACUCUGUGCUUGGCUUCGGGCAACUGGUCCAGUCCAGAGCAGCAAGCUUGCCAAGACAUAGCAGCGCCGGUCUUCAACGCCCCGUGCCCGCACAUUGAGUUGUACCUGGUCCCGGACUCCUGCACAAACGGCCACGUGGUCACCUACAGUCCCCCAACGGCAGAGGACAACUCGGGGACGGUGAACGUGACAGGAGGGGAGGGCGACGCCAUGGGUGAGGUCUGGCCAUUUGGCAUCUACGAGCGCUACUUCAUGGCUCGCGACCCAUCCGGCAACACGGCCAAUUGCCUGCUGACCAUCAACGUGUUACGGAUGCAGUGCGACCCUUUGUUACCGCCAUCCCACGGCAGCAUCGUGUCGCAGACCUGCGGGGACCAGUCAGGCUCCGUCGCCAUAUUUGACUGCAACGACGGCUACUUACUCAUCGGUUCGAAAUAUCUCGCGUGCACGCAGGAGGGAGUGUGGAAUGCCACUGUGCCACUGUGCGCAGCUGUGUACUGCAGCCCACUGAUACCACCAGUCAAUGGAACCUUCUCACCGGCAAUGUGCUCCGCCAGUUCGACCAGCUAUGGAACCACCUGUGAAAUCUCCUGCGCUGCCGGCUACGGCCUGGUCGGCGGCGGGACCACCUCGUGUCUCAGCAACAGCCAGUGGUCGGACGACAUCUCUGGGAGCGUCUGCACUGACAUCACCCCUCCUGAAAUAACCUGCCCUCCGUCUCAGUCCUACGUCCUUCCUCCUGGUGAAGCCACCAUGACGUUCACCAUAGAUCACCCCAGCGCCACGGAUAACUCCGGUGUGGCCCCCAGGAUCAGGAGCACCGAACACGGCGAACAAAACACGGGACCUGGUUAUUUCUUGUACACUUUUGCGGCUAUAGAUGCUGCCGGCAACAGCCAGUACUGCACAACAUUCGUCACUGUGCAAGAUCUUGAAGCGCCGAUAGUACUGAGUUGCCCCAACGCCACGGUCGUGGAAACUUCCUCUCUCCCUGUCACCCUCCAGUGGGAGGAGCCAAUGUUUGAUGACAAUGUCGGCAUCCGCAGCAUCCAGUUGAAUCCGCCCACUGUAGGGCCCAUCCUCCAGUGGGGCCGUAUGGAAGUGACCUACACAGCGACCGACACAAGCGACAACACCAACAUCUGUGUAGUCGUUUUCGAAAUUGUGCAAAGUGUGGAAUGCCCCCCUCUUCAGCCGCCCCCUCAUGGUGCCCUGGCCUGCGAGAACGGCAACUACUGUACCAUGCACUGCAACGAGGGUUACAUCUUUCUGGACAGGAAUCGCCCCCGCGAUGUUUACGUCUGUCUGGCUUCAGGCCGGUGGAACCACGAGGUUGGCCAACAAGGAAUGCCCUACUUACCCGCGUGUACUGAACGAACCUCACGAAUGAGAGUGCGGUGGGAACGCACAUACACUUUCCGCUUCCAACACCUUCAGGGGAGCUGCCAAAACCAGACCCAACAGAUCCAGAACAGCUUCAUUCUGCUCUUCAUGAGGAGUCACUUCAUGUACUGCCAAAGGGACCGCGAAAACCACUGCAAACUGGAGAAUAUCGUGGUGACCUGCGGCGACACAGCAGAGAGUAGACGGCGGCGAAGACAAGCCCAGCCCGGUCCAGGGUCAAGCAUGGACAUUUCAUCCACCUUUGCUAUUGAAAGGAAUGAGACGGCCAACAUCGACUCCAUCCUGUCCAUCUUGAACACUAGCAUCAGUGACCUUUGGCAGGAGGACCAGGUGACCCUUGACCUGCCGGACGGCAGCACGGCGGUCCUCAACGAAGACCAGUCUGAAACGGGAGAGGUGAAAGUGAUUUGUGGUGACGGCACGGUCGCCUCUGGUAUGGUGUGUGUCAACUGCCCCGUCGGCACCCGUUACAAGCUGAGUGCUGGCACCUGUGUGCCAUGUGGCAAAGCAACGUACCAGGACGAAGAGGCACAGCAGAGUUGCAAGCUUUGCCCUCCGAGAACAACCACCAUCGGAACGGGGGCGUUUGAGUCGGCACACUGCCAAGAUAUGUGUCCCCCGGGCCAGAUCUCCUACUGGGGCGUCACGCCUUGCCAGCGGUGCCCCCUGGGAUCCUACCAGGCGCAACAUGGCCAGCGGGGAUGUAAGCCUUGCCCCAACGGCAUGACGACCAGCGUCACAGGGGCUACGUCCUUAUCGCUGUGCACCGCCUCUGGUGUCCCACCAACAGUGCCAUCGGCUGACACCACCACCCACGCCAUCCAGUCUGCCCUACCCACAGUACCAGGAGGCUCCCCUGGAGUUCCAGGUAUAGCCACUCUUACUCCGACCACCCUGCCGGGCAAGCCAGGUCUUCCCUCCACCACGGGCCAAGCCGACAUUGGCAUCCUGACCAAGAAGCCCGGCAAAGGCGGGGACCAGGAUAACAACACUGACGGCAACAAGACAUCGCCGCAGACGGCUAACUCUCGCAUCAUCAUCAUCGCGGUGGUCUGCGGUGUCCUGGUCCUGGUUGCAGUCGUGAUAGUGGUAUGCCUUGUUGUUCGGAGCCGAAGGAAUGGCCCCUCGAGAAGGGCCUUGCAUAGGCCCCGCCCGGUCAGUUGGUCAGGGUCGACCAGGGCCAUGAUCGGCCAGGAUGAUGAGGAUGAUCUGGACGACCCCAAGAAUGAACUGGACCUUGUGGCCAUCCGCAACCCGGUCUAUGGCAUAAAUGACGACGAGCCCUGCAUGUCCCCGCUCUCCGACAACAAUUUCAGCGCCUUCCUGGAUGCAAGUUCGCCGCCGCUCAUUGAAGACACCGGUGAGAUCCCCAAGCUGGCUCCGCCCCCCAAAAGGGUGAGAAAGGGGGGCCCUGGCCUACUGGAUUAGGCACUCAGGCUAGCUGAUAAACUUGUCCAUAAGUUGGUGAUACCAGCAGAAGCAUUACUAUGUAGUUGGAAGAAUUUAAAAUCUGUAAUAAUAAGGCCGAGUAGGAAAAUAAACUUGUUUCUCAUCCCUUUCAGCUUUCUUUUUCCCAGCCCAACUCUUUUUUUUUUCAGCCAUUUUCUUUUGGUUUUAUUUAAAACCUACAUGCACUAGGACUUUAUAUUUGUGUCUAACAAAAUAUGUACAUUAUCCAUAAAUGCAGGUUUAAAUAGGACACAAAAAUAUUAGAAUCAAGAUAAUCGAUCUUGGAAAAAUCCCCCAUCUUUGAAGACAAAGGGGGGACACUUCCUCUCUGAAAAAAAUGGAUGAGAAACUGUUUUAUUUUUACCAUCUCAGCCUAAUGGCUAUCUUUUCAGGCCACUGAGCGCUCAAAUAUCAAUUUCUGUAGUCUCCAAAAUUGUUGAAAACAGUACUUUGAGUUGAAACUGGUGUCAAAGUUUGAAGAGGUCCCAAGUUAAGGUGUGCACAAUAAUGUCAUUGUCCAUGUCGGUAUUAAUGGCACUCGGAACUAUGCAAUAAAGCUGAACAUGAGUCAUCAUGAUGAAUAUUUGGUUUAAUUGUUAGACAUGAAGGAGAGCAUAUAUGUUAAAAAUCAGUGGUCUAAGGAAGUAAUAAGCCUGUAGAUUAGGCAGGUCAUCGAAAACACCGAAAGCAACGAUUCCAUCAGGGGACUUUUGGCAGUAAUUUGGUUGUUACAUGCACUGCCAAGUUAUAUUUGCUCUGAUGUCAUAUUUCCCACGAUCCUUUGCAGUCCACGAUGUUUGGUAUCAAGCCUGGUCUUGAAGAUGCAUUGUUGUCUAGGGGCUGUGGCUCUUGUGUGUUGUGACAGUUGGGUGAAAAAUGUAACCGAAGUCCACAGCCACAAACUGUCACAGAGUAUCCAAUUCAUGACACAGCCAAAAAUGGCGGACUGCAAAGAAUUGUGGGAAAUGCAACACAGCGUACAGAUUACCUACAGGUGGAGUCCCAGUUUAGUCAGAAAUGUUUCCCGUGGAGGGCUAGGCUACCCAAAGUGUUGGGAAUUGCAACUAAUGUUCCUAUUGCAGAAUUCUCAUUUUGUGCGACUUUGGUUAUUUGUCUUCUGAUUAGAUUCCUCAAAGUUUUUGAAGAGUAAGACAUGAAACGCUUGAGGACAGAUUUGAUACAGAAAACCUUUAAAGAAGCCGCAGUGUGGUUUCUGCAACCUUGUUGUAUUGCUCAAUUGUUCAAAUUACUUUGAAGAAAUAUGAGGGAUAAAUUUCCCAGUGGAGCAUGACAACUUUAUGUCCACGCAUUAGACUCCAUAGUGCUUCUUCGUGCAAGUCUAUAGUUCAUAAUGCAGUUCCUGUUUGUUUGUUAGUUUGUUUGUUUGUUUGUUUGUUUGUAAUAUGUCGACAUAUGGAGGCUUGUGCAGUGCAGUCUGAGAUCGUAGUAAUCAGAAUUUAUAUAUGAUUUCUUCGAAAUUAGCUGUUCGAGCUAAGGUUGUGUAUUCCCUGCAGCUGCGGUGAAUCGUACUGACCUUGAAUCUUGUUGCUUUUCGUAGUUUUUGUUCUUUUUACCAAAUCUAAAACUCUAUUUUGUAUAUUGUACACUUUCCUUUUUUUCUCGUAUUUUGUAUGUAAAUAAAGCUUUUCUCUAAUUUUAAAGUAAGCUUUUAUGCCGUAAGUCCAGCCAAGUACUUUGCCUUUGAGCGUCAGUGGACUCCGUGCACAAGAAUCUCCCUCGGCAGCACCGGCCAAGAUUCGAUCAUCGGCCGUCAGCUUAAACCGCUGGUCGACCGUUUCUGGUGUCCUGUCCAGAAAAGGUGUCACGAGUGACCUGUGAUCCACAAGAUUUGUCGUUGAGUGCAUUUGACCACCUUCCCCGAUAUGCCGCUGCUUUUAUUGUGCAGUGAUAGCAUCUGUGAAGCAGUGGGAACUUUGACUGCCAGAUCUGGUACCCCCCCCACCUUCCCUUCUGCAGAGUCUAAAAUGUAACACUGGUGCAGACACCCGCCAUUUUUUCCCAGCAAUUGUGACACUCAUGUCACAACUCUAUACGCGUACACAGCUGUUCCCUCCUUGCUCCCUCUGUUAUCAGUGCACGGGGUCUAUAUCCUUGCAGAUCUAGGGCCAUAUUCACGAAACCUCACUUGGCCUAGCCAGUUACCCAAAAGGCUUGUAGUUGUGUACUGAGCCUAGGUGGUUACUAAUUGGCAUCCAUGUAACAUUACUAGCAUCAGUGAUACAUUCUAAGUUUCUCAGUCUAACUCACUAGUUAGCAAUUUCAUCAUUUUAAUAUCACAUGCAUUUGACCGCUGAUGGGACAACCUGGCCAGAAGAAUAAUGAAAUUGGUUGAACGUUGUCGUGCUGUGCAAAUAGAAUGCAUAUUUUCGAAAAGAGGAACCAAAGACACCAAUCUGUCGAUGCACAGUUGCAGCAGCGAUACAGAUGUUCCAGGAAGUUGUGUAAUGCAAAUCGCAAAUUUAGUUGCGCCCGAUGUGGACCAUUCCACAGGGAGGAACUCCCGUCUUUCUACCAGAUCAACGAAUCCUAACUGCACUAUUCGAUCUUGCAUCGGGCACUCCGAGUUUCAUUUGGGUAAUCUGGUUUUUAAACCGUGCCAUGAUCUUUCAACCUGUGGAAAUGUUGCACGACGUUUGCGAGAAUAGCUGCCCGUGCCGCUUUCCAUUUCUUGUUAGUGCUUUCUUCCUUAUGCUAGUAUCGGUGAUAUCUUUUAAUAUUCCUUAUACUUGUCUACCAAAGAGGGAUUCUCUUCUUGUUUUUUUUUUAGAAUAACCGGCCUUCCUUGGCCUAUUUGUCGCCAUGUUUGGUAAUGUAGGUGCAAUUGCUAGAGAAUUUGAUUUUGAUUUCACGUGCAGUGCUUAAUUAACCCUAACCCUCCUCAAUCCUUCACCUGUUGGAGGACUGAGGAGUGUUAGGGUUAAUGAUCUUUGUUUUCUGUUUCUUUCUUUCUUUUUGGUUUGUAUUGUUUUGCUAAGCCACGCAAAGUGGUGGACAUGGAUUAGCGUGUUAUACCUGUCACACUAAUGUAUCUGUUGUCAUCACAUUCCACACCUGCUCCUUCUGCCCCCAAAACAUGGGAUUCCCUGAGGCAACUAAUUUCUCCUAGUGUGUAAAUAGUUGGCAAGGUUCUUCGUUAGGUUUCACAAAUUACAGUUUAGUUGUCAACUCGAGGCACCAAGUAUUCCACUAAGGCUUUAAUUGAUUGUUGUGUUAAGUAAGGUUUCAUGAAUACGGCCUCAAAGGUGUAGUGUUCAACAAUUUGGUUAGUGCACAUCAUUAUCAGCGACAUUUAAAUAUUUGCUAGGAGUUGAUAAGUAGUUUAUCAGAGUAACAUAGGUACAGAGCAGGAGAGGUCUUAGCCUGCAGAAUUUGGGGACAGGCAGGUGAGGUAUGUAUUGUAGGCCCUUAGGAGGAAAUUUUAGGCCUAUAAGAGACUGAGUUUCAAAGAUUUUUACGCACAUCUAGCCUACAGCAUGGCAGGAGUUCUUUAAGAGGCUUGUUCACCAACAGCGACAUUUUGGGGGUGUGGCUAUUAAAAGUUGGUGGGCUUUCAUAUUGCCCAACACGCAAUCCUGUUUGAGAGAGGAGGUACUAACUCUGAAGUGUGAUGUAAAAUUAACUCUAUUUUGGCAUUUCUUUUUAUGAGUAUUGUCUCCAAGGCAAGCCCUAUGUCAAUGUGUCGUUGUUACACAGAGACGAGUGGCCUUCUGUUAAAUAGAAAGCGGGAAGCUCUUUGCUAAACCACAAUUUAAAGACUUUUUGAGUGUUGAGCAGGACCACUGUUGUUUUUAUAUUUUUGUAUCUGUCAGCAAUACCUUUUUUUAUGAAUAAAGAGUUGUCCGCAACUUUUCCGACAUGGAUGCACUGUC